AUGAAGAUCUCAAUCGCCCUCUUGGGCUUGCUUAGCCUGGUCGAAUUCAGUGGUGCCUUCUUUUUCAUUAUUAGACCGCCACAACCACCACCAGAUCCCCCCAAAUGUAGAACAGUCGGAUUCAUGUUCUUCGCAAGAAAGGUCUGUGAUGGUGACAACAACAACCAAGUCAACAGCAACCCAUCUUCUGAUUAUUGUGUGUGCUCGGGAUCAGGCGAUCCUCAUUACAAAACGUUUGAUGGCGCCACCAUCCACUUCAUGGGCAUCUGUAAAUACACCCUGGCUAAACUUCUCGACAAGACGAACAAAUGUUACUUGAACGUCGAGGUUAAGAACGAGCACCGUGGCUUCAACAAGCAAGUCGCCUACACACGACUGGUUGACGUCAAAAUCCAAAAUUACGUCAUUCGUCUUCACCAAGGACGCCGUGUCUUCGUAAACAAGAUAGAGAAAUUUUUACCGGUCACCUUGGCUAAUGGCGUCGCCAUCACUCGCAGCGGAAACAACGUUGUGGUUAAAACUGUCUGUGGAGCCGAAAUCAUGUUCGACGGAAACCACGUGGUUACCGUCAAAAUACCAAAACAAUGGGGCGCCAAUAAUAUGAAUGGAAUAUGUGGAUCCUGUAACGGCAACUCCAAAGAUGACUUCAUGACCCUAGAGGGCGUCAACGUCGCCAACAACGGCAACAAGUAUAACCUGAUUGGGAACAGCUACAGUGUACCCGAUGACUCGGAUCAGCCACAUUUCCACUGCAAACAGGUUCCACCGUUCCCAGUGUGCACCGCCCAGCAGAUGACUCUGUUCCAGGACUCUCCUCAGUACUGCGGCCUCCUCAAGAACCAGGGUGGGUCCUUCGGGGACUGUAUCAAGAGCAAUCUGGUCGACAUGGACGGUUAUAUACAGAGCUGUAAGAUGGACCUUUGUGCCAACUACCAGUCAGCCUUGGAGGAGAAGACUAUCUGUGAAUCCCUGGAGUCCGCUGCUAAAGACUGCGCCAACAAGGGCAUUCUGAUCGACUGGAGACAGCCAGCUUUCUGCCCGAUGACAUGUGGUGCUAACGAAGAGUACAAUUUCCAAGCGCCCGGAUGUGAAGCCACGUGUGUGAGUGACGACGUCAGCGACUGUAUUGAUCCCCCAUCAGAGGGGUGCGUGUGCAAAAGCGGAUUUGUGAGGAGUGGAAACGCAUGCGUAAAGAAGUCCGAGUGCGGAUGUGUGGACAACAAUGGCGAUUACUAUCCCAUGGGAUCCGAGAAGAGGACAGAAAACUGCGGCGAGGUGUUCCAGUGCAAGUUCGUCGGCGGCAAAAGUGUUUUACAGAAGAUCCAGAGUGGCAUCACAUGUCACAAAGAUGCUACGUGCGCAGUCCAAAACGGCGAACACACCUGUGUGUGCAAACAGGGAUACGCUGGGGAUGGCAUCAACUCUUGUAUCAAUCUGAAAGAUCGCUGUACCUGUACCGGAAGUGGAGACCCCCAUUACUACCUGUUUGAUGGACAGAGAAUUGACUUCAUGGGCGUCUGCAUGUACACCCUGAGUGAGUUGACCCAGAGGGCCAAUGAGUGCUGGUUCAGCGUUGAGGUCAAGAACGAACGUCGUGGUUGGAACUGGAACGUAGCCUGGACGAGAAUGGUGGACUUUGCCAUCUACGGACAGAAAGUCAGGAUCCUUAGUGGACGACGUGUUCAGAUCAACGGCCGCACAAAAUACCUUCCUAUCGAGCUGGCCGGUGGCAAGAUGCGAGUCUUCUUCAAUGGUAACAACGUUCAAGUCGACACCGACUGUGGCAUCACCGUCCUGUUUGACGGAUACGGAAAGGUAGUUGUCAACGUGCCAAGUCACCUUGGCAAUCUUCUCCAAGGUAUCUGUGGUAACUGCAAUGGUCGUCAGGAUGAUUUCAGAACUAAAGAUGGCGCUGAUGUGUCAAGUGACAGAAACCGAUUCAAUCUAAUUGGCAUGAGCUACACUGUCGUCGACGAUUCCGACGCCAUCACUACAGGAUGUACACCUCCAAUCGACCCACCCAAAGAAUGUCCAGCCGCCUUAGCACAGGCCAUCACGGGUGACGACAUGUGCGGUAUGAUCAAAGACACGGCCGGUCCCUUCAGAGAGUGCAUCCUGGCAGGUGUGGUUGACGUGGAGCAGUACUUCGACAGUUGCCGUUCUGAUAUCUGUCAGUAUGAUGGAGGCAAAGGCUUCACCACCGAGGAACUCGUCUGCGACUCUCUAUCCGCUUUUGCCGCCGUCUGCAAUAACUACGGCUACGAAAUCUUCUGGAGGACAGCUGAUAUGUGCCCCUUACCAUGCGGUCCUAACGAAGUCUACACCACAGCCGCCAACCCGUGUCCAGAGACCUGUAACGGUCGUAUAACCGGAGCCGCCUGUAACGGGCCACGUGUAGAGGGCUGUCAGUGUAAACCAGGGUUCGUAAUGAGCAGUGACAUGUGUGUGCCCAAGGCCAAGUGUGGGUGUAAGGACAACCAGGGCAACUACUACCCUAUUGGUGCUGAGUUUCGCAGCACGGACUGUUCCACAGUGUUUACCUGUAAGACGAUCAAUGGUAAGGGCAAGCUUGUGUCAGAGGUCAGCGGUCAGAAGUGCCACAAAUACGCUACCUGUGGGAUUAAGGACGGUGAGAUGGGAUGUGUAUGUAAGGAAGGCUAUGCCGGCGAUGGUGUCUACUCCUGUAUCGACACAACACCAAAAUGCCGAUGCUCCGCUACCGGAGAUCCUCACUACAAGACAUAUGAUGGACAGAUGAUCCAUUUCCAGGGGACAUGUCGCUACACUCUGACCCAAUCCACCACCACCAACGACGAAUGUGCCUUCAACGUGGAGGUGAAGAACGAGAACCGUUACGGCAACAACAAAGUCUCCUGGACAAAAAUGGUCGCCUUUGAGAUCUAUGGACUGGAAAUUCUGCUGCUCGGCGAUAAUAAAGUUUUGAUCGACCGUGAAGAGAAAUUCCUGCCGUUCUCCAUGAAGGGCGGAAAGCUACGAGUGUCCCUCGUAGCCGGCAAGGUACAAGUCGAUACUGAAUGUGGCAUCAGCCUCAGCUUCGAUGGUAUCCAAGACGUCAUUGUUGAGGUUCCCAAAGAGUACGCCAACAAGAUGACUGGAAUCUGCGGCGACUGCGAUGGGGAACAGAACGACUGGAAGACAAAAGAAGGAGAUGAUUUGUCUGAGUAUGAGGCCAACGAGAGAGAUACUGACAUCGGCAACAGCUACAUUGUGGAGGAGGAUUAUUAUGAGUCCGAUGAAAAGUGCAGCACAGUUAAGCCGCCGCCAGGAUGUGACAAAGCAACUUACGACAAGUUUGCCAGUACCGAUUACUGUGGCUACAUCAUUGACGUCGCUGGUCCCUUCAAGGAGUGCAUUGAGAGCGGAAUGAUCGAAAAUGAAGGUUACUUCGAGAGUUGUCGCCAAGACUUGUGCGCGUACAAGAAAAAAGGUCACCUUAAAGAUAAAAAGGUCGUCUGCAAAGCUAUGACGUCAUUCGCCGCCGCUUGCAACGCUGAAGGCUUCGUCAGCAUCUGGAGAAAUAAGCAAUUCUGCCCAAUGAAAUGUCCAAAGGGACAGGUGUACAGUACUAGCGUGAGUGCUUGCCCAGCCACAUGCGGAGAGCCUGCCCCAGAAAAGUUCUGCGAGAAGCCCGCCAAGGAAGGUUGCCAGUGCAAAGAGGGAUUCGUCCUCAACGACAAGAAGUGCACCAAGAAACAGGACUGCGGAUGUACCGACGAAGAAGGCAACUAUCUGCCAAUCGGUGAGAAGAGAAUCAGUGACGAUUGUUCUGAGAUUUUCACCUGUAUCUGGGACAAAAAGAACCUGAAAAGUUUGAUCCAAACGACGAAAAACGGCCAGCCAUGUCACAAGGACGCUGAGUGCAAGGUGAUCGGAGACGACAAGAAGUGUGUGUGUGACGAGGGCUACGAGGGUGACGGGUUCACCUGCACCGAGAUCCCACCCACAACAACAACAACAACUCCUGCCCCAACUACAGCGCCACCGUGUGAGAUGAUCGCUGACAUCGGCAUCAUCAUGGACUCCUCCAGCAGUAUUGGCAAGAAGAGCUACGAGAUCAUGAAGGAUUUCGUUAAGGAUGUCGUCACCAACUUCGACGUCAAGCCAGACAAGGUCCGCGUCGCCGUGGAGACGUACAACACAAAUGCCAAGAUCCAGUUUAACUUCGAUACCCACGGAGACGAGGCCGACAUUCCAUUCGCCAUUGAAAAAAUCCACGAAAUCAGCAAGGGUACCUAUACCAACCGCGCUCUGAAGAUGGCCCGGGAAAAGAUCUUCACCACUGCCAGAGAGGGUGUGCCAAAGAUCGCCAUAGUCCUCACUGACGGACUUUCCCGACAACCAGCUCAAACUCGCAAAGAGGCCCAGCUUCUCCGCGACUCGGGAGUUACCGUGUUCUGUAUAGGUAUAGGUGACGUCUCACCGAAGGAAGUCAAUGCCAUUUCCUCGGACCCUGAUGAAGAUUACACCUUUAUGGUUGAGAACUUCCAAGCCUUGGAGACCAUCAAGGAAACCAUCAAGCGCGCAGCUUGCGAGGCCUCAGAGCAGUAAAACACCUGAAAUGGAAACCAUGCACACUAUGAUGGACGAAAACAUGGAUGUCGACGACCUGACGGUGCAUGCUUUAUGUUCAUGUAAUUUGUCCGAAACACAUUCAGCCUCUGAAUAAAGAUUUGAGCGAAAUGAAAUCA